AUGGUGCGUAAAUUAAAAUUUCACGAAAAGAAAUUGCUGAAAAAGGUUGAUUUCAUUUCGUGGGAACUUGAUAACAAUAUUCAUGAGGCGAAGAUCUUGCGAAAAUAUCAUAUUAAGAAGCGCCAGCAUUACUCGAUGUAUAAUACUUUGGCAGCUAAUAUUCGGGAAAUUGCACUGAAAUUAAAAGAGUUACCACUGAAUGAUCCAUUUCGUUUGAAAACAGUUCGAGAAUUUUUAGAAAAAUUGUAUGCCGUCGGACUGAUACCGACUGCUGACACACUUGAACGUGCCAGUAAAGUUUCCGCUUCUUCAUUCUGUAGGCGACGAUUACCGGUAAUGAUGAAACGUCUAGAAAUGGCAGAAACUGUAAAAAAUGCGAGCGACCUUGUAGAACAAGGGCAUGUACGUGUCGGAAUAGAAUUAAUAACUGAUCCUGCAUAUCUAGUUACUCGAAAUUUACAAGAUUGUAUUACAUGGACGAAGGACUCGAAAAUCCGAAAGCAUAUCCUUAACUAUAAUAAUGAGCGGGAUGACUUUUUGUUAUGA